GAAAAAGGAGGACAAGGUACACACAAGGAAAAGCCAAGACAGCGACACUGUACUGCACUGCGAGAGAGAGGACAUCAGCCAGCCAUUCGUCAAGACAUCCGCCAUCCAUCGCCCAACCGACGCGAACACACAGUACCACACCUCCCCACUCCCCCCCUCCCUGCCCUCGUCUACACGCUGUACUUGAUGGUGGUGUCGUCCCUGCAGCCGGCCGUCGUGUGGGAGGGCAGGUCGCUGGCCGGCCGUCGGGGAGGGCCGCUGAUGGCGAUGAGAGUGGGGCCGAGCCGACGCCGUCGUCGGGUGCAGGAAUGGCAGAACCGGAAGGCUCCCUUGAGUUUGUUCCACCAGGUCGCCGCCUCUCGGGGGUAGCUGGUGUACUGCACGCCCUCGUCCGUCCAGCAGCUUGCACGGCAGAUGGUCGACAUGACCAAACCGUCUGAUGCACACACAACACACACACAUACACAGUGGCGUGCAGCAGCUGAGGUGUAUUGCCCACUUACCGUCGCUAAUCGUGUCGCUGUCCGUCUCGCCCUCUGCAGCCUCCUGCAGUUCUUCCAGGAGACUCACAGGAGGGCCGUCUUGGUCCGCCUGCACGGCGGCCUCGGCCGUCGGCACAGCCGGCGUGGUGGAGAUCCUCUUGUCCUCGGGCUCCAUGGCUGGGAUUCCGUCGGCCUUGCCGAUGAGAGGCGGAGGCGCAGUUCUGGUCGCGGUGUGCGAUGCUGCAUUAUCGGCAGACGCACACACACAGAGCCCUUUCUCUCUCUCUCUCUCUCUCUCUGUGUGUGUGUGUGUGUUGGGGGAAGGAAGCAUACGGUCGGUGCACUUGGCCGGCUGGUGGUGGUCUUCUGGGACACUCUCCAUGGUGCUCCUCGUACGCAACAGGGGCUCCAUGGCGGUCGCGGAGGGGUCGGUGAAGGCGGCGGUGCUCGCGACAGACAUACGGCGGAUGUGGUCUUCGUGUUGCCUGCAUGACACACAGCAGCCAAGGCGGCAUGCCAGGGGCCAUGGCAGAGAAAUGUCGCAUGUGUGCAGUGCGUGCCCUCCUCACGUGUGCAGCUUAUAGGUGUUGUCGCGGAGGAUACCGAGCUGUUUGCCGUGGGUGUCCAUCUUGUCCACGACGGCGCCAACCCGCCGGUCAAGUGCGCCCAAGGAGGCCUCAAUCCCCUCGAACAUCUCAAGGACACGCCUGACACACCCAAGGUACACAAGGCACGACAAAUGCUCCCAUAGACUCUCUCCCGUGUGUUGUCUGUCGCCUACUCGUUAUGGAGAUCCCUGUGUGCCGUUAUGGUCGCCAUGGCAGACCCCACAGUCUUGUCGAGCCGCGCCAGUGCGGCCGCGAUGCUGGCGGUGCCCUCCAGCUCAUCGACCUUGUUCCUGAGGAAGCACACACAUGAAUGAAGCCGACGAUGUGAUGCAUGUGAGUGGCCCGACUAGCUGGCUUACAUGAGCUGUCCGUUCGUGGUCGUGAGCUCGGCAUUCUUGCGCUUCAGCUCGCGGACCAUUCCCUUGAGGCCCUCCUCGUCGCUGCCGCUGGCCUCCCCCUCCCCCUGAGGCACCCUGUCUCUUGGGCUCAACAGUUUUGCCGCUCGAGGGGACACAAACGGCGACACGCGCUGGGCCCUCCGGUUGGCCUGCACGACAUCCUCCAGGAGAUGGGUGAGGUUGUCGAUGCUCGCCGUCAAUUUCGCCGUCAGCCGCUGGGUGGCCGUGGCGCUGGGCUGCGAUAUGCGCUCGUCAUCCGGCGUGGAGGAGUGUGAUGGGCGACGCGGGGCGUGGCUGAUGUCUAGAGGGGGGAUGGCUGGGCGGGCGGCUGAUGGAGCGGAUGAGGGCGACGAAGCGGGUGAGGGCGACGACGCGGGCGAGGGCGACGACGGCUGCUUAGGCAAAAACGCCUGAACACACAGACAGCAUCAACACACGCGAAUGAAGGGAGAACCUGAUGCGUCAAGAUCCGGUCCUCUCACCCGCUUGUCGACGGUCUCGUCCAUCCUUAUGGGCCUCAGGCGGCGCUAAGAGAGCCGUACGGCUUCUCGGGUGGCGUGGCUCCUGCCUUCUUGUCUGGUGGUGGUGGGCUGGUGGCGAAAAGCCCUGAAGGGCUCGACGUGACGCAAAGGCCGCAAAAGCAAAGGUGCCAAACACUACGGCGUCAGGCUGGAGCUCAAGUCACGGAAUCCCGUGCACGAGCUCACAUGCCAGAGCUGGAGGAGCUCAUUGUCGGAGGUGAUGGAUGAUUCAUUGUGAGGCGGGGGGCAACAGAGCAAAAGCCCAACG